UUGUAUGUAUCAUUGCUCUAACGGAAAUGAUUUAGCAUCGAUUUCAACUUUCAAGACAAGCCUGCAAUCUCAGCGGCAUGCGACCAAAGUAAAUGAAAGUAUUUAUUUUUUUCACAUUGCUAAACAGCCUAAAAUGGGCGGACUUCAGAACUUAAUUGACUAAAUGGAAUAAGAAAAGACUAGAGUAGUGCACAAGGUUCCCUGGGAACCUACCUAGUAACUUCGUGCCUCAGAGGCUCAGGUCUAUAAAACACAAUUAGGUUGUGAUAUAGAAUGAAGUUCUUUCCUUACUGUUUCCUGCUCUGGUCUCACAUCCUUUCCCAAGUUCAAUUUGAACUUCCUAACACCCAUUUUUUCGUCAAAAGUCUUGUAGUUAAAUUAGCACCUUUUGGUGUUUUCAAUUGGCGUUUUCAAUUUCCCCUUCCCCAGCUAUUGAAUUACCUUUAAAAAAAACCACCCAUUUCUCUACUUUUUUACAAAAAGACAAAAACCAUGACAGGAAGCCAUGAUGUGCACCAUGGUUGUGGCACAUUGCUUACCAUAGCUACUGCCACCAUCACCAGAGCCCAUAAGCGGUGGCGCAUUGCUUAUUUAGCAAUCUCUUCUAUCCGUUUCAUGGUCUUCCUUACCAAAGAGAUCGGGCCUAAAAGAAACGAGGAUAAUUCUAGCAUCUUGAAGGCUCACUUAUACACCACUCUUGAUAUUGAACCAUGCAGCUCCAACCAUGUUGAAAUUGAACACGCGCCUUGCUCCUUUGUCCCCAAAAUUGAUCAAACUAUUCUCACAGAAAUUGUGAAGGAAAAGGACAUAAUAGCUAUUCCGUGUUCCUUUGUCCCCAACAUUGAUCAAACUACUCUAACAGAAAUUGUGAAAGAGAGAGACAUAAUAGCUCUUCGCAAUUUUGGCAGUGUGGAAGGUGUCGCCACUGCUCUCAAGACAAGUCUAGAGAAUGGGAUUCAUGGCCAUGAUCAAGAAGUCAGCCAGCGGCGUGCAAUGUUUGGUGCAAACACAUACCACAAGCCGCCUCCAAAAGGGCUCCUAUUUCAUGUGGUGGAUGCUUUCAAAGACCCCACCAUCCUUAUCCUGUUGGCUUGUGCUGCCCUUUCUCUUGGUUUUGGCAUCAAACAACAUGGGGUGCAAGAAGGCUGGUACGAAGGGGGAAGUAUCUUUGCAGCAGUAUUUCUAGUUAUCGUAGUCUCUGCCUUCAGUAACUUCAGACAGGAGAGACAGUUCCACAAGUUAUCAAAACUAAGCAACAACAUCAAAGUAGACGUUCUUAGAGACACACGCCGCCAAGAAAUCUCCAUUUUUAACAUUGUUGUUGGAGAUGUCGCAUUUUUAAGUACAGGUGAUCAAGUACCAGCUGACGGAUUGUUCAUAGAUGGCCACUCAUUGCUGAUAGAUGAGUCAAGCAUGACAGGAGAGAGUGAUCAUGUGGAAGUAGAUUCUACCGGGAAUCCGUUCUUGCUCUCUGGUUCAAAGGUGGCAGAUGGGAAUGGUCGAAUGCUUGUUACAUCUGUGGGGAUGAACACUGCAUGGGGUAAUAUGAUGAGCUCAAUAUCUCAUGACACCAAUGAAAGGACACCACUACAAGCAAGGCUUGAUAAACUAAGCUCUUCUAUCGGAAAGGUAGGCCUUACAGUUGCUUUACUAGUUCUUGUAGUCAUGUUUAUUCGUUUCUUUACGGGCAACACAAAAGAUAAAAAUGGGAAGACAGAGUACCUUGGUAGCAAAACAAAUUUAGAUAAUGUAUUCAAUGGAGUUGUGCGCAUUGUUGCUGUUGCAGUCACUAUCGUGGUGGUGGCAAUCCCUGAAGGUCUGCCAUUGGCUGUCACACUCACACUUGCUUACUCCAUGAAGAGAAUGAUGGUUGAUCAGGCAAUGGUUAGGAAACUUUCAGCGUGUGAAACAAUGGGAUCAGCAACAAUUAUCUGCACCGAUAAAACCGGCACCUUGACAUUGAAUCAGAUGAAAGUGACCAAGUUUUGGCUUGGCGAGGAAUCCAUUGAAGAAGAUUCUUUGAUUGUAAUUGCACCAAACGUUAUUACACUAUUCCACCAAGGAGUUGGUUUAAACACGACUGGUACUAUCUACAAACCUGUAUCUGGAUCUGAACCAGAAAUUUUUGGUAGUCCAACCGAAAAAGCAAUUCUAUCUUGGGCUGUUUUGGGAUUGGGUAUGGACGUGGAAAAGUUAAAGCAAGAUUAUACAGUUCUCCAUGUUGAAACCUUCAACUCCACGAAGAAAAGAAGUGGGGUUGCAAUAAAGAAUAAGGUUGAUAACACCAUCCAUGUGCACUGGAAAGGAGCUGCGGAGUUAAUCCUAGCAAUGUGUUCAAGUUUCUAUGAAAGUAAUGGGAAUACAAAGUCCCUAGAUGAAGCUAGAAAUAAGUUUGAGCAAAUAAUCCAGGGCAUGGCAGCUAGUAGCCUUCGAUGCAUUGCUUUUGCUUAUAAGCAAAUAUCAGAAAAAGAAAUGGUAUGCCAUGAUGACAAGAGGACGAGCCAACGACUAAAAGAAAAUGGCUUAACCUUGCUAGGGAUAGUUGGUCUCAAGGAUCCAUGCCGACCGGGUGUCAAUGAAGCUGUGGAAGCUUGCAGAGUCGCUGGAGUGGAGAUCAAAAUGAUCACGGGAGACAAUGUUUUCACAGCAAAAGCUAUAGCUACAGAAUGCGGUAUACUAAAGCAGAGUCAUCAAUUAAAUGAAGUGGUAGAAGGCGUGGAGUUUCGAAACUACACGGACGAAGAAAGAAUGGAGAAAGUUGAGAAGAUCCGUGUCAUGGCAAGGUCAUCCCCAUUCGACAAGCUUCUAAUGGUACAAUGCUUGAAACAGAAAGGCCAUGUGGUUGCAGUCACUGGAGAUGGCACAAAUGAUGCACCUGCUUUAAAAGAAGCUGACAUAGGACUCUCCAUGGGCAUUCAAGGAACUGAAGUGGCUAAGGAGAGCUCAGAUAUUGUAAUCUUGGAUGAUAACUUCACCUCAGUGGCCACGGUUUUAAGAUGGGGACGAUGUGUUUAUAAUAACAUCCAGAAAUUUAUCCAAUUUCAAUUAACUGUGAAUGUUGCAGCUCUUGUAAUCAACUUUAUUGCAGCAGUUUCUGCUGGAGAGGUUCCCCUAACAACAGUCCAGUUGUUAUGGGUCAAUCUCAUCAUGGAUACACUGGGAGCUCUGGCCCUUGCUACAGAGCGUCCUACUGAUGAACUAAUGCACAAGUUGCCCGUGGGUCGGACAGAGCCUCUAAUAACAAAUAUUAUGUGGAGGAACCUCUUAGCUCAAGCCUUAUUCCAGAUAUCAGUCCUCUUGACUUUACAGUUCAAGGGUGAGUCUAUCUUCAAUACCACAAAAGAGGUAAACGAUACAAUUAUUUUCAACACUUUUGUUCUCUGCCAAGUUUUUAAUGAGUUCAAUUCAAGAAGCAUGGAGAAGAAGAAUGUUUUCAAAGGAAUUCACAAGAACCAACUUUUUCUUGGAAUUGUGGGGAUAACAAUUAUUCUUCAAAUUGUGAUGGUAGAAUUUCUAAAGAAGUUUGCAAAUACAGAGAAAUUGAAUGGGUUACAGUGGGGCGUUUGCAUUGUGAUUGCAGCUGUAUCAUGGCCAAUUGGUUGGAUUGUAAAGUUUAUACCUGUCUCAGAUAAACCAUUCCUUAAUUACCUCAAAAGACCAAAAGUGGUAUUUACGAGGACUUUGGGGUUGAUCUAUCAAAUGCAAGCAUCUUCCUCUAGGUUUGGAAUUGGUUGUAGGAGAACGUUAAGGCCUUGAGUAAAACAUGGGAAAAGUUGCUCCUUUUAAGUGGCUCUAUCAAAAAUUGUUAUUUUAUAAAUCUUACUCGUCAAGCCCAAGUUCGCUUUGUUGUAAGUUCAUGACAGCUCCUCAUGUCACUCACAUUGCAAUAGUCCUCACAUUCUUCACUCACAUCACAACAAUCCUUCGCAUUCAUCACUCACAUCGAAACAGUCCUUUGCAUUCUUCACGACAUUAAGGGCACAUGUCCCAUAGUGUUAGAAAUUGUCUCAAAUGUGAGCAUGUCCUCAGUCAAUUAGUCAUGUGUGUUAAAAAAAUUAAGCAUGUAUGUAAUUAAAAGUUUGUUAGUUAGUUAGUGCCAAAUGGCUAGUUAGUUAGAGAGGUUGUUAGGCCAAUCUUGGCCGUUGUACUCGACUAGGCCUCAGUAUAAAUGGCUUCCAUUCAUUGUAAUCAGGCAUCAUGAAAUGUUAAGCACAUUUUAGUCUCUUGAA